AUGUCUUUAGAAGAAGCAAAACAAUUCGCCGCACGCCGGGCAGUUGAUGAGUAUAUAAAGAAAGAUUGUAUUUUUGGUGUCGGUAGUGGAUCUACAGUUGUUUAUGCGGUGCAACGGCUCGCUGAACGUGUGGAGACUGAAAAGUUGAAGGUGACCUGCAUUCCCACAUCGUUUCAAUCUAAACAGCUGAUCAUCAAACAUAAGCUUACAUUGGGCGAGUUGGAAACUCAUCCGGUAAUUGAUGUCACUAUCGAUGGGGCGGACGAAGUAGACGCCGAGAUGACGCUAAUCAAGGGUGGUGGUGGUUGCUUAUUACAAGAGAAGAUAGUAGCCUCUUGCUCUAAGAAAUUUGUCGUUAUAGCCGACUACACUAAAGAUUCCGUGAAAUUAGGUGAUCGAUACAAAAAAGGUAUUCCAAUAGAAGUUGUACCAAUGGCAUAUGUUCCUGUUCAAAAUAAGAUACAGGCCCUAUAUGGUGGAGAAGUAAAGUUACGCAAAGCUGUUGCUAAGGCUGGACCUGUGGUGACUGACAAUGGUAACUUCAUCCUUGACUGGAUAUUCACCGACCAGGACUUGAGAUGGGACAAAGUCGAUAACCAUUUAAAAAUGAUCCCUGGUGUGGUUGAAACAGGUUUGUUUGUACGUAUGUGUGAAAAGCUUACUUUGGGCAGCCUGAAGGUAACGUAA